AGAAGCAAAAGAAGAAGAAGGAAGAUGUCCUCUGUGAAACUGGUGGCGCUGUGCACCGCAGCUCCGGGGCUGGCGGGCCUGAUGAUCGGCUCCGUGGCCGCUGCUGCUGCCGCUGCUGAGGGGAAGAAGAAGAACUCCCCGCCGCUGCUGAGCCUGGAGGAGCUGCCGUCUCUCUACACCUCACCUGAAGCAGGACCCGUCUGCACGGAGAUACACGUCGGCCCGAUGGAGCAGGGCGUCGCCUCACUGAGGAAGUGGGCGGAGCCAUUCACAAGCCAGUGUCAGCGUUCCAGUCAGGCUGCGAUGGGGAAAGCUGAGCAGGUCUACAGGACGGUGGAGCCUUCGGUCAACUGGUCCGUCACCACAGUCACAGACACUUACCAGUUCCUCAGCGACCCCCCCCCGGACCUCUACCCCAGUGUGGCAGCCGUGGGUUUUUCUGGUUUUCUGGGACUUUACUUGGCCAAAGGCUCCAGGGUGAAGAGACUCUUGUUUCCAGUCGGACUCGUGGCUCUGAGUGCCUCCAUGUUUUACCCUCAGCAGGCCGCAGCCGUGUUAAAGGGGAGUCGAGACUCUGCGUUGACCUGGGCUCAGCAGGGCCGAGUCACGCUGGAGACUCUGUGGAAAGAACCUCCGUUUGGUCAAAAGAAGAAGUCUGAGAAGAAAGAGCAAACAGAGAGCAGCGACUCGAGCAGCUGAGGCGACCGACCUCCAGCUUCCAGUCACACACUCACACCUAUGACCUUGUUUUUUAGGUUCGUUCUUUGAAUAUUUUAAUGUGAGCAUCAACCUGGAGCUUCAGGUUCUGACCUCCUGCCGAGUGUGAGUGUGAUGGACGAUCCCGUCUGAACAAACUCGUCACACGUCUUCUGUUCACAUUCCAUCUGCCCCCCCCCCAUGUAACCAGUCCCAGCUUCUUUAUCACUGACUUCAGCUCAUCCAGUUUCUAUUUAAUUAAUCAAAAAUCUCACAGUGUUUUUAGUGUGUUAGUUGUCAACAAAACGUCUGUAACAUCUGUCACCAGCAGAUAAAGACCAGUUACACUUAAAAACAUGAAACUAUUAAAUCUCAGAAAUAUUGAAAAACAUCUAGAUAAAACGUAAUUUAAUCCAUUAAUCCAUUCCAACAUAAAGAAUAUAUACGGUGUUAUAUUUUAUUAUUUGUCACAGCUUGAAAGUCGCACUGAAGGAAUUUUUCUAAUUUAUAAUUGUUAUUUGCACUCGUGAAGGGAACUUGACGAUUGAAAAGUAUUGAUAGAUGGAAUUUCCCAGUUUCCACCACAGCUCCGGACUGUGUUUAUGUUCUCAGUCUGUUUUUAUUAGUCUUGUAAAGGUUUUGCUUGUUUCACAACCGCCGAGAUCGACAAGAUGCUAUCGGUCAAGAUUUAUACUGAAAAACAAGCUGAGGCUGAGCAGGGGAAGAAAAAUACAAAUAUUACUUGUAUAAUCCCAGUGUUGUAAAUCUGGAAUAUAAGAAUAUUUUCUGAAGUUCUUUGUUUCGUUGGCAUUCUCGUUGUUCGCUAUUUAUUUGCCUUGCUGUUUGCUUUAAGUUGCAUUCCAUAAAGAAUUGAAUUAUUAACAAACUGGAUGAGACUGUGAUUAUUGCCCAUGAGUAAAAUACACUGUAUAUACUGUGUGAGGAUUUAUCUGAACGUCAAUAAACACAGAAUUGAUCUGA